UAAAAAUAGUUCAAGCGGACAAUGGAAACCCACGCUUAUCUGACGUAACUGCGUCACCCAGCCACGAAAUGGCGUCUCUUUUCGUUUAUUGAGCCACGCCAUAUUGGCGCAUUAGAAUCUUUUCUGGGAUAUUUCGUGCAAAUACAUCAAAUACUACGUAUUUUCAUACAAAAAUAGUUUUAGCCGCUAAACGUCAGUGUAUUUUGACAUUGUUGUGAAUCGCCAUUAAGUUUUUUUUUUAAUUUUUACUUUUUCUAUUUUUGAUUUCUUUUUUUUUAAUUAAAAAAAAACAAACGCCAAUCUAUUCCGACAAGCUUUGGACUUCUACUUUUACGAGACCCCUUUGCGACAAGCAUGUCUAGUUUAGCUAACCAGCAGAAGACCAUUCGGCUGGUUAACGUUGUGCCAGCUCCCAAAAUCACUAAGAUAAAGGUAAGAAAGGUAGUGGAGGAUGAGGAAGACACAGUUUGCUGCCGGCUGUGUGGCAAGUCGUUUGCCAAUGAGCGAGCGCUGGGAAACCAUGCGCGUAUGGAGCAUAUUGACGCGUACGCCAGUGGGGACCCAAAAGUGUGGACACAGGAACUCUUUGCUGGCAAGAAAGCUCGCAUUGCAGCGGAGAACCAGCUUAUCCAGCAACGCACGGAGCAGAUGCUGUCCGUCAUGGAGCCCACUAGCCUCACUAGUCUCGCCUCGUCAGAUGUCAGCUACAUCAUUAUCAAAGCGGAAGACCAGGAGGUCCAGGAGCUAGCGGAGACUGCCACCGUCACCAAGCGGCGGAAGGUCGAGAAGGCCAAGGAAAAGGUGGUGGUGAUGAGGAAGGAGAAGGAAGCGCAGCCCAUCACUGGUCCAUUCGAGUGCCUCCAGCCGUCGGCGACCAUAGCGGGCGGCACGUGUCACCAGAUCUUCUUCUCGUGCUGCGAGUACUCGGCGCACCACCGCGACGAGCACACCCGCCGCCGCAAGGGGGUCCGCUGCCAGGUCUGCGAGGCUCCGCUGACGCCCGCACACAGCGCGCCUCAUGUCUGCCAGGUGUGCGGGCAGGGCUUCGAGACGAUAGACGAGCUGACCGACCACACUAACUCUGCGCACGUCAAGCUCAAGCCAUACGAGUGCAGCGUGUGCCACAAGCGGUUUACUCAACAGGGCGGGGUGCAGCAGCACAUGCGGAUGCACACGGGCGACCGCCCCUUCCCCUGCACCUUCUGCCCUAAAGCCUUCACACAGAAAUCAGGCCUAGACCAGCACCUCAGAAUCCACACAAAAGUGAAACCCUACCGCUGUGUGAUAUGCGACAAGAAAUUCUGCCAAUCCGUCCACCUGAAGCAACACAUGCGCACGCACACCCACGUCGCGCCGUUCCAGUGCGCCAUCUGCCAGAAACGGUUCAAACAAUCCAGCCAUCUCAACUACCACCUCAGGGCGCACAACGCCAACGCGGACAAGGAGUUCUACGUCGGCGAGAAGGAGGUUGUUGAGGUGGAGAUAUCGCAAGAUGUCGCCAUGUACGCGGAGCAGAAUGACACGUAUAUAGUUGGGGACACGUGGGGACAGGAACACGACCGGGAACAGGAACAGGAGACUUAGUGGAUUUGAGUUUUAACAAAGAGAAUUUGAAAUACGACAGUUACUGUCAUGGUAAAUUAUGUAGCUACAGUACAUUUUCUGCCAUCUAUCGGCAGACAAUUAAAACUGUUAGAACGCCAUUUGAUUUUGAUCAUUAUUCUUUCACUGAUAUGUGUUAACUUGUUAUAUUAACGCCAUCUACUCGAGAGUAGGCUGAAGGUUAUGGCGCCAUCGUUCGAAAAGAUUGCCGGCUCGAUUCGGGAAAUGAAUUAGAUUUCUACUAGACUUCAACAAGUUACGAUAUGGAUAAUUUAAAGAUAUUUGUAAGAUAGACAUGUCAAAUUUGACGUUUCCGCGAUUCCGGAGGUCCUCUUGAACGAUUUCGACAAGUUAUGACUUAGAUAUCCAAGUCACAUCUAGUCGAUAUCUAACGUAGAUCUAGUUGAUCUCUAAAUCGUCUCUAGAUCUUGUGAUUAUCUCGAAAUCCGAAUAGGCCUGUGCACCAUACCUUUGACCUACAGUCGGUAUAAUCUGUCGAAAGAUGGCGGUAAAUUUACAGUCGCUACAUAAUUUAUUUUGACAAAACGUCUCUAUGAACACUAUAAACUCAAUUCUCUUCGGUUUUAAAUUCGUAUCUGUGUUACAGUUGAUUACUGAUUGGAGUGUGGAAGCUCUAUAAUGGUGUUAACCCUUUGAACGUCACGCGUUAUUGUGAACUUAGUCGGAAUGCACGAAGGUUGAUAUUCGGAUGUAGCCGCGCGUCAUUUAACGUCAUUGGCCAAAAGGUAUCUUGAUAAUUUACCCGAUUCCCACCGGCUUGCCUGUUUUUGGACGUUUGAGCAGAGUUGUAAAGGAAAUAUGUAAGCCAAAUUAGCACAGGCUUGCCUAUGGAUAUGUUUGACGCGCCGCCACUGCGCCGAGAAAAAGAACUUGCUAUAUGUAUGUACAUACUUUAUAUAUAUGCAACAUGAUUUGUGAGCUUCAACCAAUUUCGAUUUUAUUAGACAAAAUUCUGUACAUAGUAUUUUUUCUGUAGUUAAAGUCUGUAAGUAUCUUUAGGUAUUGAAAUAAAAGUAAACAAAAUCUACCCUCAAAUGGCUUCUUAAGCCAUAAGGGUAGAUGAGAACAUGAUCAAAUAAUGUAGGUUAAAGUCAGGUCGUUCAGUGACUGAUCCAGGCGCUUUUGUAUUUGGUUGGUUAACCAAUAAAUGUAAUAACUACCCGAAUAUGCACAAAUUAUUCGUUUACUUUUAUUUAAAUACCUAAAGAUACAGAGUAUAGGUUUUGAUUGGCGCAUUAUAUAAACUAUUGUUACCCUGUGGGUAUUGUCUAUAACCUAAUAACUAGAUGUUAUAAAUAUCCUACUACAAUAUUGAUCUCGCAUGUAAAAAUAUACCUGUAGGUAUUUUAUUGUACACACUGUCAUAGUAUUUAUGUGUGUGUGUACAUUUUAUAUGUUUUUUUUAAGUACGCAAUAUGUAGAAUAUUUAAGGAAUUGAAUAUAUUGAUGAAUUUGUAAUAAA